UUGUGUGAUAUUAACACUCACUAUAACAUAUUUAAUCCUUCUCCGGGUCGAGCUAGCCAAAUUAGAUUCUCUGAGUUAUAUAUAGGGUGCGCCAGAGAAACUUACUUAUUUGAAAAAAUUCCCGCGCGUCGAGUUGGGCGGGUAGAGGGGCAAGAGGGGGCGCAUCUGGAGGGGGAAGUUCCCAAGUUUGUUUCUACCUCCAGUCAGUUGCCAUCAUGCUCUGGUCUAGAGAGCAGCGGGCCUUCGCAGUUGAGAGCUUCUUUUCUAACGGUCGCUCACUUGUUGCUACGCAACGUGCCUUCCGCGCUCGCUUUGAAAUUCCUCCUCACAGACUCGUUCCUGGCCGUAAUUCGAUUCUGUCGUGGGUUAAAUCAUUUCGGGAGUGUGGAAGUGUCGCUAAACCCAGAAAUGGACUUCACCGGACCAUCAGAACUCCGGAAAAUAUCGAAAGAGUGA